AUGAUGGACCGGCUGCUUGUGCUGCGGCUGCUGGGCACCGAGGAGGAGCCGCCCCCGUACUCGCGCUUCCGGGAGCUGCAGCAGCAGCUGCAGCAGCUGCCGCCGCUGCAGCAGCAGCAGCUGCUGCAGUACAUCCUGGAAACAGUGCAGCACAGAGCAGCAACAGCAGCAGCAGCAGCAAACCCUUUCCUCGCCUACAAAUGUGCCCGCCUCUGCACGCUGCUGCUGCGUGAGGGCCCCUAUGCCUUUAAGCCGCUGCUGCGCAGCAGCAACCCAAACCCUCUGAGGGCCCUCGAGACCUUCAGGGCCCCGCCCCAUCCUAUUCUUGGUGAAGCUCCUGUUGCUGACGCUCGCGCUGAAGCAGCAAAUGCUUUGGGGCUGCUGUUUGCUGACAGCAGCAGCAGCAGCAGCAGCGGCAGCAGCGGGCGGCUGGCAGCCAUUGAGAACCCCAGCUGCCUGGCGCUGCAGCAGCAGCAGCAGUACAGCGCAGCAGCAGCAGCAAGCGAACAAGCCCUCAAGCUUGUUGCUGAUGCUGCUGCUAAGUAUCUUCCUGCUGCGCUGCAGCGGCGGCUGCCUUCCCUGGGGGCCCCCUACUUCAGCAGCAGCAGCAGCAGCAGCAACAGCAGCAGCAGCAGCAACCAUGGGGGGUACGUGGCUGCUGGCUUCGCGCAGCCGGUGCAGCGGGGCUUCGGCAGCAGCAGCAGCAACAGCAGCAGCAGCUCUUCUUACAUGCCUGCAACACUGCAGCAGCAGCAGCAGCAGCAGCAGCAGGGGCGGAGCCCCUGGUCGCCCCCGCCCUCGAGCCACUACACGGCGCCCUCCCCCGCUUCGCUGGCAGCAACCAGCAGCAGCAGCAGCAGCAGCAGCAGCAGCAGCAGCAGCAGCAGCAGCAGCAGCAGCAGCAGCCCGGGGGCGUACGAAGCAGGCGUUGUUGCUGAACUUGCUGCAGUCUCGGGAAUGCGGCUGCGGCCUUCUGCUGCUGCACUGCGCGACUUUACGCAGCGUGCUGCUCCUCUGGACCCUUUGCUGCUGUGCUGCUUGCUGCAGCAGCAACUUGCAAAGACAGACUUGCUCUGGGCCUCCAAGCUCAGGCUGCUGCACGGAAUCAAAGCACUGCUGCAGCAAGAGCAGCAGCAGCAACAGCAGGAGGGCCGCUGCAGCUUUCUUUCUGCUGCAGCAGCGAACCUGCAGCAGCAGAUCAGUGACUGCAGCAAAACCCCCCAGCUGCAAGCAAUAGCAGAGGAAGUGCUGCUGCUGUUGCGGUCAGUGGAUUCUGCUGCUGCAGACGAGGAGGACUCCGAACCAGCAGCUGCAGCAUCUGCUGCUGCUGCGCCUGGUGCUGCUGCACCGUCUGCUGACUUGCUUAUGCUGGAACAACCAGCAGCAGCAGCAGCAGCAGCAGAUUCUGGUUCCCUCUUAGACGAUUUGCUGAGACCAGAGCCGGCUCCAGCAGCAGCAACAACAGCAGCAGCAACACCAGCAGCAGCAACACCAGCAGCAGCAGCUGCUGCUGCUGCUGCGCCAUCCCUAAACCAGGCGGACAGCUUAGAUCUGCUGCUGGGUGGAGGACCCUCAGCUGCUGCAGAGCCCCCCACGGCGCUUUUCUCGGGCCUGCAGCUGAAAGACAAAGAUAAGCCUGUUGCUGCUGCUGCUGCUGCUGCUGCAGCACCUGCUGCUGCUGCCCCAGUGUCUUCCCCGUUCGCCUUUGCUGCUGCAGCUCGCCCCCCUGCCUUGCAGCAGCAGCAGCAGCAGCAGACGCAAAACAUAUUGUUGCUGUCGCCGCUGCAGUCCCCCAGUACAGCAAUGACAGCAGCAGGAACAGCAGCAACAGCAGCAGCAACAGCAACAGCAGCAACAGCGACAACAGCAGCAGCGAAGCAGUCAUGGGAAAUAGACCUCCUGGAGGCGGCCACUGCUGGCCCCACUCUGCUGCAGCAGCAGCAGCAGCAGCCGCAGCAGCAGCAGCCGCUGCUGCUCGAUGUUGCAGCGGAUGCAGUGCCUGUCCAACUGCAGCAGCAGCAGCAGCAGCAAACAGCAAGCUACGGUGCUUCUUUGCUCCCUUCCUUGGAGCAGCAACAGCAGCAACAGGCUUCUCGCUUUGCUGCAUUGCAGCCGCAGCAGCAGCGGCCGGCAGUCCCGGCGUUCGCGUUCGUUGCUGCUGCUGCCGUGCCUCGGCAGCAGCAGCAGCAGCAGCAGCAGCAGCAGCAACAGGCCAAGUUCCCCGCUGUUGCUGCAGGCAGCAGCAGCAGCAGCGACGGCGGGUUCACCGCCUUCUCUCUCAUUGCAAAGUAA